UGAACGUCUCAGCAUCGACACGACGUGUUUUCUCCUCCUCCAUUAACCCGCCUCGUUUCCUUCCAUCUUCGGCUUUGACUCGCUAGCCCAUUUGACGGACGCGACGGUGUAACGCACAAGUCCUGCACUUUGAGGUUGGGGAAGCAAAAAAAGACGACGACGUUUGAGACCAAUUCGACCGAAAGGGGACAUUUGCUGCCACUUUUUUCCGUCGUCGUCGUCUUCGAGCACGCAGUAUGGAUCCAAUGACUCAGUCUGCCCAGAUAUCCUCGUCGCAGGGGCUCGCCGAUGGACAAAAUUCAGCUUUGAAAGAACCGAGGCCCUCCGAUUCCUUUCUUUCCUCCUCGCCUGUAGCUCUCAUUCCGUCGUCACAUGACGUAAAGACGGUCCUGGGUUCCGGCAGGCCCGGGGAAGGGGUCGCAACGACCCUUCGCUUUUCUUCUCAGCCGGCGGGCUCGAUUUCGCCCGAUCAGUCCGGAGGCGAGGCGGAGUCCGAGUCGCUCGUAAAGAUGUCUCCGGUUUCUGAGCGCAUCAAGGCUCUGGAAGCGCUCGUCGCCAAAAAGGAGAUGGAUUUUAGAAACGACUGUUCCUCGCACCACAAAGCUCCUCGCCACCAUGACAGAUCUCCCUCUGACGUUGCAAAAACUCACAAGCGUUGCGUGGAGGAGGAAAACACGCCAACGGUUCCGACGAAAAGAGGCUCUCCUGAUCAGGAAUCGCCCGAAUCGCCCUUUGAGGUACUGGGAGAGUUGCGACAAAUUGAGUUUGAAGAAACGGAAGCUUGGAUGAAAGCUCACCGACCGCCCGUGCCAGACUUGCAUGCCGCGGGCUUGGUUAAAGGCGCCGGUUCCUCCGAAUUUCAGCCGACUGUGGAAAAUCCUGAUUUGGCGACACCUUCUGGCCUCUCCGAUGCGUUCGUGGACUCGUCACAUGAUCCUCCAAAACCGAAGGAGCCGCAAGAAGGGACCUGCGCCGGGCAGGCGGACUUUGACCAUAACUUUCUGCCGACAGCCGCCAUGUGGCCUCAGCGGGACAAUUGUGGUGUCCGAGCUUCACCGGAGCUUGAUUCGGCGCAACCGCCUCUUUCCUCCGGCUUUGAGUCGCCAUGUCCUCCCAUCUCCCCUCCGGACGAGGGCGUUUUGGACGCUCCCGAUGACAAGAGGACCACUUGGACUGGCGAUCCGGAGCCUGUAGAGGCCAGGGAAGCAGAUAGUUCAGGGGAGUCUGAGGAAACGGUUCUUGAAGAUGAUUUCAUUCCUGACUCUCCAAAAUCAGACCCGACAUUGGAUGACAUCAUCUCUUCUCCUGCCGUCUCCUUCCCCGAUGCAGCAAGGGUGACGCCGCCAGUCAGAUCAGAAAGAAAGCUCAUGCAGGUCCCCACCAUUAAUGUCAUAGAAACCGAAGAGCCCAACUGCAGUGACGAUGAGAUGGAGAUUGAAUUUGAGGAAGAAGACGAGGAGGGUGUCAACGAGGGACCAAAAACUGCAGACUCGGCUCCAGAGGAUAGUCAUGAAGCACCUAACAGAAGGCCUGUCGAAACGGAAUUCAUCGAAGGCUAUUCUCCUCCUUCCUCUCCCGUCGAAUCUGAUGAUGAACGCGACCGUCCGGAAAAGAUCCUCGGUCCUCAACCGGAUGCGUUCUUAGAGAGGGCAGAACUGAACGAGUCUGGAUUUGACUUAUUCCCGGAGCAAUCUGAACAAUCAAAGACCGCUCCCUUUUCUUUGAUAGAUGGAAGCAAAGACACACCGGGCAAUGAAGAAGAGUGGUCAGAUGAAGCUCGACAAAAUAUUGCCGGACAAGACCAAGCUGAUAUUGAUCCUGCCCUCUGCGCACCCCAACGUGAAAAGGACUUUGUUGUCUUUUCGAGAACUAGUUUUAUGCGAGGCGAUACUUACGAGGGGCAGUCGUUUGAGUACGACGAGGCGUCGUCUCCCUUCUGCGAGAACGAGCUCAUGACAAAAGGAGCCAAAGACGACUUUCUUCCAGGCUCUGCUCAAAUUGAUACUCCGACGCAGGACGCCUUGCCGAACCGCCACGAAGCGAACGCGUCCGCCGGCCGUCAUUUCGCCGGUGAUCCGUCCGACGCUUCAGAUACGACCGUCCCAGAGAACAUCUCCGCCUCUGAGCCCGUCGAUAGUUUUGUGGAGUUCAUGAGAGAGUGUCUCAAAUCGAGGGAGGGCAAAGAACCGGAUGACUCUCAAAGCGUUCCCUCCGAUGACGAGGACGGUCUGGAGUCAACUCCGAUUGCGCCGAUGGAUACGGAAGAGGAGCAACCGACAAUCGGUCCUCCCGAACAGUCGGGCAGCGGUCGAGUGGCCGAAGAAGAAACGCCGCCUCCUCGAUCCAAGACUCCAGAAAAUGAGAACGCCGCGUGUAUCCGCCAGGCUUCUGUUACUCCGCUGACAAGCGCGGCGUGUUCGCAAAGCAACACACUUGGCACCGACUGCGCUUAUUCCGAAGCGGUAGAUGCCGUUGACCUGUGGGUGGCGGAGGCCUCUCAUCUUGCCGAGCAUGUCUUGAUGGCGAUACUAACCCACGUAUCAGUCAAGGAUCUGAUUCACUGGCGGGACCCCAAGAAGUCGGGCCUGGUCUUUGGCCUGUCCAUGCUGGUGCUGCUGUCGCUGGCCGCCUUCAGCGUCAUCAGCGUGGUCUCCUACCUGCUCCUGGCGCUGCUCUGCGUCACCAUCACCUUCCGCAUCUACAAGUCGGUCGUCCAGGCCGUGCAGAAGUCCAGCGACGGACACCCCUUCAAAUCGCUGAUAGAUAAGGAUGUCAGCAUUGCCCCCGAGACCUUCCGCAAGCACGUGGACACCAGCCUGGCCUACAUUAACCGAGCCCUGAAGCAGACGAGCCGCCUCUUCCUGGUCGAGGACCUCGUGGACUCCCUCAAGUUGGCCGUGGUCAUGUGGCUGCUGACCUACGUGGGCGCCGUCUUUAACGGCAUCACCAUCCUCAUCCUCGCGGACAUCCUGCUCUUCGCCGUGCCGCCCAUCUACGAGAAGAACAAGACGCAGAUCGACCAGUACGUGGACCUGGCUCGUACCCAAAUCAACACCACCAUUGCCAAGUUGCAAGAGAAACUCCCCGGCGCCGUGAAGCGCAGCAAAACCGAAUGAUCCAUUUCCACGUCACCCAAAAGAAAACUCCUCACACUCAUCUCGGUCAUAGGCUCCCCCCCCGCGCCACCCGUCGACACUGAACCUUCGUAGGUAGCAACCAAAUCUCUCUUUCAUGUCAAAACUACUGCGCUAUUGUACCAGAGCGUGAACUAGACUGAAUCUCUGGCCUGCUUUCAAGGGUGCAUGCGAGCAAAAUGUCUGUACUAAAAAAAACGUUUCCCUCGUCUAAGUCAGGAAGACAAUUGAAAAAGCGCAUCGAAGAAUACUAACCUCGUCCUCGGCGUUAUUCUCGUCGCUCGGCAUAAAUUGUCCUUUUUUUUUUUUUUUUUUUGGUGUAGAAAUGAUUUUGCUUGUCGUUCACGCGUGUUUCUGCACUGCUCUUUUAUUUUGAAAACGCCGGCGAGCGGGGCUGCAUUGACAACAAUAAACGCUUGCAACACUCAGCCGGCUGUGGUGAUUUAGUCUAGUUCACGCGGGGCCGCGCUCGAAUGGCAACGUUGAUUCCAGAUUUCAAUUCGGCGCGCUAGUCGAACGGCUUUCUUACUAAUGUUUGUUUUUUGUUUUCACCACUAUGACAUUUCUGUGCACUUGCAUGUCACAAGUGAGGCAAAACUGCACCGGGCGACAUCUGCCGCGACUCGUUACUACUAGUUAGAAAAUUAUUCUCGUUCGGAUUUCCGUCGGUGUCGCAAAUCGUACUCGUCGUGCCCACUUGAGCAUUUCUUCAAUAUCCUACCAUGUGUGCGGCUUUUUCUUCUCAUUCUCACUCGUGCUGAUUUUUGACGACUGUGAUAUUUUGGCACUCUUGCAAGCGACAGUUCGAGUAGUGACGGAAGAUUGGACGAUCUCACACUUGGCUGGUUUCCGUAGUGGCUACGCAAAGGAAUUUGCGCGCGAUCCUUACAAGCGCGCCGACGCCCCCACGGGCUGGCGCACUUUGUACUCACUCGUAAAGCAAUGCAGCGCGCGAGUAGAAGCAAGUAGAGCACGCAAGUAGACCUUUUGGCGGUGGACGUUUUUUUUUCCCCACUCGUUUGCACGCUUGUAUAGAACGACUGCCACCGUUAGUGAUGCGCCGGAUUUUAACGAGGAGGAUUUGAUCUCAAUGACAGUUUUAGCACACGAGUAGGACAAAGGCUGCCAUUUUUAGACCCUUAUAAACCCUGGGGGGGGGGGGGGGGGGGGGGAGUAAAAAUAACGAUAUAAUUAAUUGUACAAGGAUUCUUAAAAAAACAAAAAAGUGAAAGAGCCUCCUUGGCGGGCGGCCCGGUAGUCCAGUGGUUAGCACGUGGGCUUCACAGUGCAGAGGUACCGGGUUCGAUUCCAGCUCCGGCCUCCCUGUGUGGAGUUUGCAUGUUCUCCCCCGGGCCUGCGUGGGUUUUCUCCGGGUGCUCCGGUUUCCUCCCACAUUCCGAAAACAUGCAUGGCAGGCGGAUUGAACACUCUAAAUUGUCCCUAGGUGUGAGUUUGAGCAUGAAUGGUUGUUCGUCUCUGUGUGCCCUGCGAUUGGCUGGCAACCGAUUCAGGGUGUCCCCCGCCUACUUCCCGAAGACAGCUGGGAUAGGCUCCAGCACCCCCCGCGACCCUAGUGAGGAUCAAGCGGCUCGGAAGAUAGCCUCCUUGGCGUUGAAUGAGUUAACAGUUAAUAGGAGCACGUAGUUGUACUUGUGUGCGGAAAUGUCAUCCGGUGGUGGUUGGGGGGGGGGGUCAGGGGGGGGGAGCUUUCAGGAAGACAUGGCCGUUCGAGUAGUAUGCUAGUUUGAUGAGUAACGAGAGUGUGUACUCGUCCAAUAAAUGCUCAAACGCUUUGCAUACACUUGCGCAUGUAUAUACUACGACGACUACUACGACGACUACUACGGAAAUUCUCAAGACGCGGCAGUUAAGUCAGUGCAAUUUAAAGAUGCGAUAAUAGUGUGAGUAGCUUUUGAAGUUUUUUUUGGGGGGGGGGGUCACAUUUUUGCAGGCCUCGCAUAGUUCUAAAGCGUAUGACAUUUUCUAUUGACUUUAUCGUUUUUCGGUAUUCCCAGUAGUGCUCGUAUCGUCGUGCGUUGGAGCUGCGAUGGAAAACGAGACGUGUUUUUGUGUUGGUCGCUCGUGACGUUUCAUGACGUUUAGACCGCCCCGACAUUCCCCGCCCGCUUUGCAUGCGCACGGAUGCCGUGUUCGACCCCCCCCCCCCCCCCCCAACACCCCCCACCCUCAAUUCCUGCUGUCUUUAUCAUUCGGCUCAGUUCCGGUAGUACUUGCCAAAAGGCCUCGUACGUUUCUCCUUUCUUGUGCGAUAUAAUGAAUGAAGCCGCUUUGCGCAAAGCAUGCUGAUUUUCAUCGGGUAUUCACCGUGUGUGGGUGUGUGUGUGUGUGUGUGUGAAUGAGAGAGAGAGAGAGGUGUGCCGUGUUUCUUUUGUUGCACUUGAUGUCUUUCUCUUAACAUGUAAAGUUUAGCUCUUUUGGUUCUACCUUUUUGUUUUUUUUGGUUGGUUGUUUUUUGCGAAUGAUGUCACAGGAGAGAAAAAUGCUGGGGGGCAGUAUGUGGUCUCUGUACUCAUGUUCAAGUGAAAUGAAUAAAAACACGUCAAAGGAC